CUUUUACAUCACGAACUUGGUUCGUUGCUCGUUACAUUUCUAUUUUGCUAUAUAAAGUGGGAAAGAGGCUUGUUUAGCAUUACUUGCAUCAACGCAUUCAAGCGAUCUACACAUUCAAGUGACAAUCAUGAAAGUGCUCAUUGUUCUCUGCACCCUGGCGGUGACAAUCGCCCAAGCCACCAAACUCCCCGUCGUUGUCCCGGUGCCAACGAUCAAGAAGGUUUCGAUUCCGGUCGUCAAGCUCGAUCUCGUUAAGGGUGACACGAUCGUCAAGCAUGUUCCGGAAACGAUCAUCCAGGAAGUCCCCGUUGACAAGCACGUCGAGGUGAAGCGACCCGUUGAGGUGAUCAAGCACGUCCCCGUAACGAAGGAAGUGAUCGUCGAGCGUCCCGUCGAGGUGAUCAAGGAAGUCCCGAUCGAGAAGGUCAUCAUCGACAAGGUCGAGGUGCCGUACGAGGUCAUCAAGCACGUGGAAAAGAUCCGCCACGUGCCGGUCGAGAAGCACGUCGAAGUGAUCAAGCAGGUCGAGGUGAUCCGGCAGGUGCCGUACAAGAAGUAUGUCUUCAAGAAGGUGCCCUCGAAGAUCAACUUCCAGGUGCCCGAUAUCGUGAAGGUUCCGUACCACAUUGCGGCACCGCCGGCGGAGACGACGACCGAUAAGGUUGAGGGCGGGUACUUUGACAAGAUCCACAGUUCGAUUGGGAUGGUCAAGAAGUUGCUGCACCAUGAAUAAGUGUGAUGUUUAUAGGAUUGUCAAAUUGAAAGUGGAAACGUAGAAUAAAGAUAAUUUAUUUCAAAAACUAUUGGUUAUUAUAUUGUCUGUCGGACUUUUUAAACACUUUCAGUCGCACUAUUCCUUUUCCUUUAUUUACUCAUUUCAAGUUUGGACUUCACCGUAGAAUUCGCUUUUCUGGUUCUGAUUCAAAUCUAGUACAUUAGAAAGG